UUCCCCAUUCAGUGCCUAACAGUUGACUUGUCUUUUGUGAUUUAGGCUAUUACUUCCUCCCUUCCUUUAUUCCUAACCUCAGCGAAUUAUCUGGAGCUGAUUCAGGCCCACAAGUUUUCCAUGGGUGGGCCCAGGUUCCUUGCCCGGCCUCCUCCUGCAGGCACCCACUCAGAGGAUGAGGCCAGGUAGGAAACGCCUGUGGAGCUGCUUCUGAGAAGGUCUUGGGAACUCAUUGCCACUGUGACUGACCAUGCAAAAUGGAAAGAAUUGUACAGAUGAUAUUCUUUCUCUUCCUCCACCCAACCCUUCCUGAAGCUGUAGGUCUUGGCCUUUUCCUUACCUGGGUGAUGAAGGCCAUGCAGCCAUGACCAGCCAGCAACUUUACAAAGGACAGAAAGUACAAAAAAGGAAUAGACUCCUCUAUCUGUAGGAAAACAUAACCAUAUAUCAGACUUUAACACAUCUUUCUGAACGCACAUAGGGUGAAGCCAUAAAAAUUCAUGGAGUGUGAACACAGCUCUGUUACGAGUGAUGGUCUUUCUCCACCUCCACCCGGGGACAAGCAGAGUAGAGGCGUGAAAUGUGAAAACAGCUUUACUGAAAUCGGAGACUAUGCUACUGAUCAAACAACCUAUGCAUGGGAGGAACCAUGUAAAUAUAAGGAAUGCGGAAAUAGCUUCGGUGAAAACCAUACUCUCGCAACAGAUACAAGAACCCACUCUGGAGACGCAGCACAUCGGUGUAUGGAAUGUGGAAAGAGCUUCAGCAGAAAGAGUAAUCUCACAUCGCAUAAAAGAACACAUACUGGAGAGAAACCCUAUAACUGCACAGAGUGUGGGAAAAGUUUCACUUUUCGCAGUGUACUUACAGAACACCAAAAAACUCACACUGGGGAGAGGCCCUAUAAAUGCAUAGAAUGUGGGAAGAGCUUCUAUAACAGUUCAGCGCUUAUUGUACACCAAAGAAGCCACACGGGGGAGAAACCGUAUCCAUGUAUGGAAUGUGGAAAGAGCUUCAGUCGCAGAUAUGAGCUCACCUCACAUGGAAGAACCCACAGUGGAGAGAAACCAUAUACGUGCAAGGAAUGCGGACGGAGCUUCGGCAGAAGUGGCAAUCGCCUUUUACAUGAAAGAAGACAUUUUGGAGUGAAACCAUAUGAAUGCAUGGAGUGUGGAAAGAAGUUCACUGCAAGCUGUACUCUUACAGAACACGUAAGAACCCAUACAGGUGAGAAACCAUAUACAUGCUUAGAAUGUGGAAAGAGCUUCAGUCAGAGCGGCAGCCUGACUUCACAUCAAACAAUCCACACCAGGGAGAAACCAUAUAGAUGCAUGGAAUGUGGAAAGUGCUUUAGUCAAAAAAGAAGCCUUAGUUCUCAUAAAAAAAUUCACACGGGGGAGAAACCGUAUACAUGCUUAGAAUGUGGAAAGAACUUCAGUCAGAGCAGUGCCCUUAGUUUACAUCAAAGAACCCAUACCGGGGAGAGACCAUAUAAAUGUGUGGAAUGUGGAAAAAGCUUCAGUUGCAAUGGCAGUCUUAAUUCACAUCAAAGAAUUCACACUGGGGAGAAACCAUAUGAAUGCAUGCAAUGUGGAAAGACCUUCAGUCAAAGUAGCCACCUUAGUUCUCAUCAAAGAACUCAUACUGGGGAGAAACCAUAUCAAUGCAUGGAAUGUGGAAAGAGCUUCAGUUGCAACAGUGGGCUCCGGUCACAUCAAAGAACUCACACUGGGGAAAAACCAUAUGCAUGCUUAGAAUGUGGAAAGAGCUUCAGUCAGAGCAGUGCCCGUAAUUUACAUCUAAGAAUUCACACUGGUGAGAAACCAUAUAAGUGCAUGAAAUGUGGAAAGAGCUUCAGCCACAGCGGCAGUCUUAGUUCACAUCAAAGAACUCACACUGGGGAGAAACCAUAUGGGUGCGUGGAAUGUGGAAAGAGCUUUGGUCAAAGCAGCCAUCUUCAUUCACAUCAGAGAACUCACACAAGGGAGAAACUAUAUAGGUUUGAAAUGUGGACAGUGUUUCAAUAGGAAUUACAGGAACCCCAGUGGGGAGAAACCAUGUAAAUUGUGCCCCUGUGGAAAGGACUUUGGUCAGAGGACAAGUCUAUAUUCACAUCAGAUAAGUCAUAGAACGGAGAAAUGAUUUAAAUGCACAAGGUAUGGAAAAUGCUUCACCAGUAGCAGGACUUUGCUUAAAUAUCAAACAUGUGACAGCCACCUAGAGUGGUCAAAAUGACUAGAUAGGCGGGGUAUAAAUAAAAUAAAUAAAAAGAAAUAAAUAAAUUUAUGAAAUUAUUCUAAGCAUUUGACUAUAAAGCUCUGUCUACCUCUCUGUCAGCUGCCUUUCCAUAUCUGUCAGAACUCAGGAAAAAUGAUAUUGCAGUAUACAUAAUGUCCGUAGAUAAGUGGUGUGUAGAGGCAGAAUGCAUGCCCACCAGUUACAGUAUUACCUCGACUUGCGAACGUCUCCACGUACAAACAUUUUGAGUUAUGAACGGCUUCAUUCGCAAAA